GCUUUGGCAUUAUUUUAGCAGUCAGAUAUAAAUAUUAUGCGUAUAAAUCACUCUUAAACUCUCCAUAUAAGUGUAAUUAUAUUUUAGAUCAAUUUAAAGCAAAUUUAUGGGUGCGACAGCUCCUAAAAAUACACAAAAAAGCAAGAAAACAAAUGAAUACACAUAAAACUUCAUACAUUUGUAUUUAGGGAAGCUGAGUCGGAAGUACUGCCUCCUCUCGUUUACUGACAGCGCUCUUGUCCAAUAACAAACACCUUCUGGCCUGAUUGACGCGUCCGCCGACCAAUCAGAGAUGGGAUUACGGCUCCGGGCGGGAGUGCACGUACAGCUGAUUUGCAACCCGCCGAAGCAGCAGCAGAGAAGAAGGAAAAAUGUCGCUGCGUUCUUUAUGGACCGUUCUAGGAUCAGCGUCCUUCUAGGAAGCUCCACACGGCGGGUCGAAAGAAACUUGCUCUGUGACGCUGCCAUGAGGGAUUCUAAAUGUCAUUUAUCGGGACAAAGAAAGUGAGAAGUUGUGAGUGUGUGGGAGGUUUUACUCUGACAGUAGAAGGAGUGAGCUUCAACCAAACCAUCUAAGAACACUACAUGGACCUCUGAGGGAACCUGGUCUGAUCAGUAGCUCCUCCUGCACAUAGAAAGGUACCAUGGACCCGUCUACCAGGGUGGUGGGUCUGGAUGCUCAGGGCAACAUGGUUUUCACCGUGGUGAAGCCGGUCAUGGGCAUCUUCCAGGUAGCUUCAGAUCAAGCCAGCGGUGCAGCAGCAGGAGGAAUGGGUCUGCAGGGUUUGUCUGAGAGCACAUUAGUCCUCCCUCAGACCCAGGCUCAGCCUCCACUGGACCAGAACCAGAUGGAAAUGCACAGCAUGCAGCCUCACAUUCAGCCUCAGAUGCAGGUUUCUGCUCCGCUUCAGACCGAAGAUGCGUCUCAGAAUCAGGAGCUGCAACCAAACUCCAGCACAAACUCAGAGUCCAGCAGCCAGAUGCCGUUUGCAGAGGUGUCGUCUCUCCUGGAUCCCAACAUGAAAGGAUCUAAGGCUCGUAAAUAUCUCAUCUCGUAUGAUGAAAUUAAAAGGCGUCUGCAGGCUCCAGAGAAGAUGUCUCUGCGCUCUUUAGCAGCGUAUACUCGGGUCAGCAGAGGCCCAGCCAGCAAGAAAAGCCUUCUGGAGUCUCUGAACGUCCUCGGCCUGACACCAAGCACAACUACCUCCGUUUCCUCCUCGUUCUCCAAACUCACUGAAGGCGACACCAGAGCUCUGUGUGAUGAUAUGAAGGAUUUUGCUCACGAUUACAUCGACUACAGCAACAUGGCGAAGCAGCUCAUCCCAGACACAAACACAGUCCAACACUGGUCCAAAAUUAUUGAGACAAAGAACCAUCUAGAAGACAUGAGGAAAUGUUUCAAGGACCCGGUCAACAGCGGCGGCUUUGAUAACGUCACUCACGGCCUCGGUUUGGGGAUGCUGGACGUUGCUCUGGACAUGGUUGUCAUGGUGAUUGAACAGCAGAUCCGCAUCCUAUCGGGAGCUGCAGCAUCAGAUCCAGUCGACUCAGGUCCACCGAUGCGUCGCAUUCGAAGGCGCCAUCGUAAGUCCCGCUCCAUUGACGAGAAGCCUUCCAAAGAUCAAGGGAAGGACAUCUCCAAAGGCAAGAGUCGAUCCAGAGCCAAGAAGAAGAUGAAACAGGAAGUCCCUGUUCCUGUGGAGACUCAGCCGGAGCAGUUGAAGCCGGACGAUGUAGAGGGGAACGUCCUGACCCUGGUCUCUGUGGGCUACGAGGCCGUGUCCUCUGGUCUCAGUACAGCCGGACCAGUUUGACAGGACUUUCUGUUUAAACAGAUACAGAUAACGCAGCAUCAUCCUGGUACCCACAUCCUGGAGUUCAUCUUCAAGGAAAAGUCUUACUGGAUUCCUCCCAGGGAGUUCAAUAUGUAGCUGGAGCAGCUGGUUAGCUUAGCAUAAAGACUGGAAACAGCAUGGAGGAGCUCAGUGGGCUCUGUCCACGUCUAACAGUCCCAGGUCUUAUUUAUUGAAGAGAUACUCAGAAACCAAAGUCCAAAAAAUGUAGUUGGUCACUUGGAGACUGACUGAUCAUAGUCAGUAUUCUUCCUUUAUUGGUAUUUUUUGGACUGAUUCCUGAUAAAAUAGAUAAAGUUAAAAUAUAUUUCUGGGGCUGCACAGUGGACUAGUGGUUAGCACUUUGGCCUUGCAGUAAGAAGAUCCCCGGUUCAAAUCCCGGCCUGGGAUCUUUCUGCAUGGAGUUUGCAUGUUCUCCCUGUGCAUGCGUGGGUUUUCUCCGGGUACUCCGGCUUCCUCCCACAGUCCAAAAACAUGCUGAGGUUAAUUGGUUAUUCUAAAUUGUCCGUAGGUGUGAAUGUGAGUGUGAUUGUGUGUCUGUAUAUGUAGCCCUGUGACAGACUGGUGACCUGUCCAGGGUGUCCCCUGUCUUCACCUGAGUCAGCUGGGAUAGACUCCAGCACCCCCCAUGACCCUAGUGAGGAUAAAGCGGUGGAUAGAGGAUGGAUGGAUGGACAAUAUAUUUCUUCCACUCUGCUGACAGCUCAUCUGAUUAGUCAGGACUAAUAAACGUAAACCAUGAAUAAACCAGGCAUUUCAGCAGAGGUCUGUGUUGGAGUUUGUCUACGUUUUGUGACGGGGUGUGACGGACACGUUUUGGUGGGAAAGGUUUAAAAAGGGGCUUUCCUUUUGGGCCUUUGCUCUGAUGAACAGGACGUGUUAGGGGUGCGUUACUAUGUUCGUUUGUCGUCUUAGAGGUUCUUCUAGGUGGAUUUUCUGAGAGCUGUUCCCCUUUUCCAGUCUUUAUGCUAACUGCUGUGUAUGUGAGGAGUCAUCUUCUCAUCUAAAGCCCUCUUCAGACACGAUUUCUGUUCUGACUCCAUCUAAACGUGUCUGCUUUAUGUCUGAAUGAGCUUCCUGGUAACUUUACUAAUCAGGCAUAAUAAGGUCAAACCAGUCGUAUUUGCAGAGGGGCACCAGAUAUCAAGCAGCUUACUUCAGUUUGUGGACGUCUUUCUGUACAUUCCAGGAAGAGUAUUGGUCCCAAAACAUUAAAGAGCACCAAAAAGACACAGUUUGCUGCUAAACACACUUCUUCUUGUUGUUUUUUUCUUUAUAAUUUCACAUCUAUUAAGCUAACUGAAAUGUCCAUAAAAUAACUAACAGUUCAGAUUAAUAAGGUGAAGCAGCUGGAAUCCAGCUGAAGUUCUGUUUGUUGCUUCCAGCUCUUUGUAGGAAUUUUUAAAAUACCUUCAGCAUCAAACAGCAGCAGAUUUCCAUGCAUUUAUGCACAACAGCAGUAUUUACUUAGAAAGAUAUGGAGAUGGGAUCGAUCAGGAAGUCAGUCAGUGUCUGAAAAGGGCCUAAAUGGACAGAAAGCCGUCAAACGUGAAGUAUGUGAUUCUAAUCCAAAGCUUUCUGCCAAAGUGAGCAAAGAUCUCCUUACAAUCCACCAGCUGUCCAUUCUUUGUGAUUGCAUUCAGCCGUGGAUUUAGCACAUGCUAACUAGCUAAAUAUGCUAACUAGCUAAACAUCAGUCUUUUUCCAGAAUCACAGACUCCACCUUUAGUUGAAUCUUUCCAAAUGUCUUUAGGAUCAGAUUCUGUUUUUCUGCAGUCCAGGAUCCGGUCCUGUUCUUCUUUCAUGCUAUUCUCAGUGAACAAAUGAUCUGGUAUUUGUACAAACACUCAGAAAACCUUUCAAUGCAGAGCUUUGACUCAGUGUAGAACAGAUAACAUCUGAUAAAAUCAGGAUUGUACAUUUUUUCAGGUGGAACAGUGUCUGCUGUCUUUCUGUUGUAUUUAUUGUUUAGAUUUACAUCUAUGUACCAGAAUAAUGACAACAGCAUUUUUACUGGAACCUCAAGCACUGAGUAAAAUAUAAAGAUUUAGUUUUCAUAA